UUGAUUCUGUAUACGUCAUCUACACAUCAACAUAUCCCAAAAACAAAAUAAAUCGAAAAUGCUUUCGGUUAUUGUGAUAAUCUUGGUGCUGCUGGAAGCAGCUUGUGGCUUCAUCAUCACACUGGAUGCCCAUGAGGAGGAGUGCUUCUACGAUCACGCCAAUGUGAACGAUAAGGUUACCAUAUCCUUUGAGGUCAUGGAAGGUGGCUUCAAGGACGUGGGUGUAGAGAUCUCGGCACCGGGAGAUGAUCGCCUCCACUACUCCGAACAGGAAACCCUGGGCAGCUUCACCUUCACGGCCAUGAAGGAUGGCCUAUACCAACUGUGCUUUGACAACGAAAUGUCCACGCUGACCCCUAAGGUAUUGAUGUUCCAGUUCCAUGUGGCCAGACCCCUUCAGUUCUACUCGGAUCCCGCUAAACGAAAAGACGAUGUCGUGGAACAGGCCACGGUCCAGUACACGGUCAACCAAUUCUCUGCCAAGCUGGGAGCCGUGAAGAUGGAGCAGGAGUACAUGCACUUUCGCUAUCGCGGUCACGUGGAACUCAGUGAUACGGUGGAGUUUCGGGUUCUUUCGUGGUCUAUCUUUGCACCCAUGAUGCUGAUCAUCACGACCAUAUUGCAGGUGUACUACCUUAAGCAUUUCUUUGAAGUUAGGCAAGUGGUUUAGGCGGGUGAUUAAUAAAUGUUUUUCUACA